AUGCGCUUCGAGGGCGCCGAGCGGCGCGACGCCGUGGCCUUCCACCCGCUGCUGGCGCCGCGCCCCAGCGACUUCUCGGUGUCUGCGCUGCUGACGGCGGGCGCGCUGCCGCCGCCGCCGUACCUGCCCGCGGCGCUGGCGGCCGCCGCCGCGCUGUCCGCGCCCUGCCCGCUGCUGAAGCCGCCGCCGCCGCCCUACGCGCCGUUGCCGCCCGACGACGACGGCGUCCUCGACGACCCCAAAGUCACGCUCGAGGGCAAGGACCUCUGGGAGAAGUUCCACAAGCUGGGCACCGAGAUGGUGAUCACCAAGAGUGGCAGACAAAUGUUCCCACAAAUGAAGUUUCGCGUGUCCGGACUGGACGCGAAAGCGAAAUACAUUCUCCUGCUCGACAUCGUCGCAGCUGACGACUACAGAUAUAAGUUCCACAACAGCCGAUGGAUGGUGGCGGGCAAGGCGGACCCCGAGAUGCCGAAGAGGAUGUACAUCCAUCCCGACUCCCCCUCCACCGGCGAGCAGUGGAUGCAGAAAGUUGUCUCCUUCCACAAGCUCAAGUUAACCAACAACAUCAGCGAUAAGCACGGAUUCGAGCUCAUCUAUAACCAAAGUCAACGGAUGUUGUCAAAGUUGCUGUGGCCCAAUCCAGUGCCUAGUGCGCCAAGAGAUCCCCACUCAGACCAUUUGUGUGUCACGCAGACGAUCCUGAACUCGAUGCACAAGUAUCAGCCGCGCUUCCACCUCGUGCGAGCCAACGACAUCCUCAAGCUGCCCUACUCCACCUUCCGCACCUACGUCUUCAAGGAGACCGAGUUCAUCGCGGUCACCGCAUACCAGAACGAAAAGAUAACGCAGUUAAAAAUAGAUAACAACCCGUUCGCGAAAGGCUUUCGAGACACGGGCGCAGGGAAGAGGGAAAAGAAUUUGUCGGUGUACCGCAGGCAGGCGCUGCUGACGGCGCGCGCCGACGCGCGGGACGAGGACGAUGAGCGGCCGCUGGACGUUGGCGGCCCCGCCAGCCCGCCUCCGCAGCCCUCCGCUACACAGCACACUAACAGCUCGUGGUUCAGCUCGGGAGGUGGCGGGGAUUCUGGCGCGGAGGAAGCGGGUUCCGACUCAUCGUGCUCGGGCGGCGCGCGCGCCUCCUCUCCCCCCGCCGGCCCCUCGCGGCCCUCCCCCGCGCCCGACGUGUCCCUCGGACCCCCGGUGCAGCCGCCGCUGCUGCCCUACCUCUACCCCCCCUCGCUGUACCCGCCGCCCUUCUUCCCGCCGCACCAGAUGCCGCCGGGCCUGCUGUUCAACCUGCACCCGCUGCUGCAGCAGUACUCGCUGCCGCCGCCGCCCGCGCCGCCCGCCCCCGCGCCCGCGCCUUCACUGGGCAAGGCGCACAGGUUCGCGCCGUACGCACUACCGGGCCUGGGCUCGGCGUUCGAGCAGGUGGCGCCGCGCGCGCGCAGCCUGAGCUCGUCGCCGGCGCGUGUGGGGGCGGGGGCGGGGGCGGGUGCGCGGGCGGGGGCGGGGUCCCCGCUGGCGCGCGCGGCCUCCGCGGACCCGCCCCCCGACCAGCCCACGUCCACCACGACCUCGACGGCCGCCACGCCGCCGGCCUCAGACCUCAAGAGCAUCGAGCGCAUGGUCAACGGCCUGGACGUCGAGACUCAGGACUGACUCGCGACCUAGCCUGUAAAUAGUAUUUAUAUCCCCCUCCUCGCGCUCCGCACCAGAACACCGGAGUGCUGGCGUUGUUUUGUAUCGUUCCUAUUUUGUUUUUUGUUUUUUGUCUGUCGAGUUCUAAUCGGGUCGAUAUUUCAUUGUAAAUAGUUAAGCUUUACCCCUCCCCCCUAGAUAGUACAUAGCGUCUCACUCCCCCCCCCGCGCCCCGAGUGCACUGGCCGUGCUUCUAUAUCAACCAUACGUUUAAGCUCUCAUUUGUCAAUAUGUGAUAAAAUUUAUAUUAUUUACAUUUAAUAUUUAAAGUAUAUCCAAAUGUAAGCUUGACGUUUAUUUUUGGUUUACAUAAAAUCGCAUGGUAUUAGGGCU